GGAGCAAGAGCCGGGCUCCACACCUUCUUCCGUCGGAAACAUUCAUGUCACUGACCCAACAAGUCUCCGACAAGCAGCUGCAUGAAUAUGUCUUUCCAUCACACUUGCCCCGAUCCCAGUAGGAAGUUGACUUGAUACGUCUCAAUCGAGAAAUCAGGAGACCCUGACCGUCAGACAUCACCCUCAGUGCAGCACUCCUCACAGCAGCCAUGGCGGGAACCGAACCGGGCAUGCUCUACGUGACCAUGCAGCCCCGCGAGGGCCUCUCGCUGGACCAGUUCCACGAGUGGUACAACAACGAGCACGGCCCAACACGACUCCGGCUGCCUCACAUCUUCACCAACGGCCUGCGGUAUCGUGCCACCGACGGCCAGCAGCCGCACUUCCUGGCCGUCUACGACGUGACGUCGAUGGCGCAGCUCGAGACGCCCACCUACACCGAAUUGCGCGCCAACCGCUCGCCGCGCGAGGCCGCCACCAUCGGCCAGGUCAACGUCAAUCGCACGUUUCUUGACCUCGUCGAGAUGCAGCAGAGCCCCCUGUUUGUGCCCAUCGAGCAGCUGACGGAUGCGGAUGCAGACGGGCUGGUGCUUGUUUCCGUCACCCUCUCGCUCAAAACCGGCGUCGAGGGCGCUGAGGAGGCCGUCACCAAGUGGUACAGGGAGGAACACAUCCCGAUGCUCUCCAAAAUCCCCGGCUGGCUGCGCAGCCGUGUCUUCCGCACCCCUUCGGUCAUCGAGGGCGGGAGCAGUCGGAGUAAUAGCAAGGUCAGCAUCGUCACCCUCCACGAGUAUGCCAAGGAUAACGACCUCGGGGGUCCCGAACACAAGGCCGCUACGAGCACGCCCUGGCUGGACGACAUCUUCGCCAACUACGUCGCCGACAAGCAGCGCCGCACCUAUGAGCUGUUCUACGUUUUCGGACCGGCACCGAGGGAGUUGCACGCCCUAUCAAGACUGCCACCAACCUCUGACUUCUCGACCUCGACACCCGACGGGAAUAUCAUCUCAACAAGCCCAAGCGCAAGCGGCGCAGGCGACGCAGCAAUCAACGCCUUCAUCAAGACCUCCGAUGGCCUAACAAUCCCCUACCGCCUCGAAGGCAACCCCUCCCCGCAGGCGCCCACAGUCGCCUUCUGCAACUCCCUGCUCACCUCGAUGGGCAUGUGGGACCCCCUGAUCGCACUUCUCAAGUCCAACCGUCCCGACCUCCGCAUUUUGAGGUAUGACGCCCGCGGCCGCCACAACGUGCCCGGCUCGCCCCCCGUCCCGGCGACGCUGGACAUGCUGGCCGACGAUCUCGCCGCCCUCCUGUCGGCGCUGCGCGUGCCGAGACUGCAUGCUCUGGUGGGCGUCUCAAUGGGCGGCGCCACCGCGCUCAAGUUUGCGCUUAAGUACCCCGGGCGGGUGGGCCGGUUCGUGGCGUGUGACUUUAAUGUGAAGUCGAGCGACGCCAACACGGCGGCUUGGAAGGAGCGGAUUGCCCUGGCGGAAGGCCCGGAUGGAGGAAUCCGGAAGCUGGCUGGCUUGACUGUCGAGCGCUGGUUCCACCCGCACACCAUGGCCGAAAAGAAGGAUGUGGUGAGCUGGAUGACGGAUAUGGUGGCGGCCAACAGCGUGCGCGGGUUCCGGUAUUCGUGCCAGGCGCUGUGGGAUUAUGACAUGCGCGACGAGAUGAAGAAUAACACGGUUCCGGGCCUGUUUGUCGUGGGGGAGGGUGAUGGCAGGGGCGCCUUAGUGAAGGCCAUGGAUGGGUUCAAGGGGUUGCUCGGCCCCAGUGGCGCUGAGCUCAAGGUUGUGCCCCUGGCCGGUCAUCUCCCCAUGGCUGAGUCGCCCAAAGAGUUUUGGGAUGGGAUCGCUGGCUUCCUCUAGCCUCACUUAUCAUUAUGCUCAAUGGACACAACUCCGAACGCGGACUCUGUGCUUACAGCCGUGGGUAACAAGAGCAAACGUGACUCGCGGAGCAGAGGCUGGAAGCGGCGUCGUCCCGUCAGAGUGCUUGUCUCUGUACAAAAUCGUGCCCGCCUCGACGUCCAUGUAUAAGAUUGGCGCCACUGUCGGUGUCAGCCUCUACAACGGUUCCUAAUCUCUCACGGGAUCCCCCAUUCGUCCAAGUAAUUAGCCUCCUUACUGCUGCGCUUGUAAGCGCAAUUCUAGUCAAGUGCUCAUCACUCAGCUUC